GCAGAGAACCUCUGGUGGGAGAAAGGCCUCAGGACCCUGCUCUGGACAGAUUUUGCUCCUCACACACACGUGGAGCAGCAGCUGGGUCUGUUUGUUGUGUUCAGUGCUGCCCUGGACGUGGAGCUGUCGGAUGAUUCCUUCCCCCCAGAAGAUUUUGGCAUCGUCUCUGGCAUGCUCAGCGUCAAGUGGGACAGGAUUGCUCCAGCCAGCAACGUGUCCCACACCGUGGUUCUGCGGCCUCUCAAGGCUGGGUACUUCAACUUCACCUCUGCCACCAUCACGUACCUGGCACAGGAGGGUGCGCAGGUGGUGGUUGGCUUCACCAGUGCUCCUGGGCAGGGAGGAAUCCUGGCUCAGCGUGACUUCGACAGGAGGUUCUCCCCUCACUUUCUGGACUGGGCAGCGUUUGGCGUGAUGACCCUGCCCUCCAUCGGGAUCCCUCUGCUGCUCUGGUACUCGAGCAAGAGGAAGUAUGACACCCCCAAGAGCAAAAAGAACUGAGCAGAGCCCAAUGCCAGCAGCAGCAGCAGCAGCCCAGAGCUCGGGAAAGGACACCCCCAAACCCCCAAGAAGAGCAGCUGGGUUGGGAUCCAUCCCCUGCCAGGUGCUGCCUGCCUGGUGCUUCAGCCCUCUGGGCAAAGGAUUCGGUGGCUGCAGCAGCAGCUGUGAGGUGUCCUCUGUGUUCUAAUGGAGAAACAGCAAAGAGAACAAGCAGAAGUCCCAAACUGCCUUGUCCAGCCCCUCUCUCGUGUGCAGCUGCAGCAAUCUGAGCAGUGCAGUGUGCUGGUGCCCAGAGGGGCCUGUCUGUGGGGCUCUGCCCCCUGUGCUGCCUUCAGCACCCAUUUGCCUGCUGCAGU